CCCCUUUCUCAGUCUGCCCAACCUGCAGCAGCCCGCUCUGAUCAACAGAGGACCGUGGUUGCAGGACGCUUGCAGCGCUGCAUAGCACACCUACAGAAGGUAUCGUCUACCGAAGGUCGUUCAAGGCUAGGAACAAGGGUUCCAACGCAGCGCUCUUCUCUACACUUCAGAUCGACUGGUCUGAGAAGGACACCAUUGCAAUGUUGGGUUUCUCCGACUGGGCUUGAUUGCUUCUUUUGAGAGCUCAGCUCAAUAUUGACGAGAAUGAGUAGCAGCACCAGUCUUCAGGGCCUUUGGUCUCGGCCCAGCAAGCGGGUCCCUGGCCUUGAAGCUGGCAAGGUGGGGAUGGAGGAGACACCGCCUCCAGGCAAACCGCAACCCGAUACUGAACCAGCGCUUAGAGAAGAGUUGAAGCAGACGAAUGAGGGUUUCAAAGCAGAUGAACCAGAGAAGGAUGGGAAAGCAGAUGUACAGAUGAAAGAUGCACAAGCAGAUGUACCGGCGGCCACGGUUGUGAAAGAACAGGUUCAGGGGAAGAAGAGGAAGGGCAACCCAGGGCCCCAGACUGGAGCAAAGCGCAGCAAGCAAACAUCAGUAUGGGCCUAUCCGACCACUCCUUCUGAGGAGGACACCUUGCUGCAAGCUGCUGUACAGGAACGCCUUCUUCUGCAUGAGGAUCUUAAGAACGAAGGAAAGCUGUCAGUUCCUGCACAGAGCGUUCCAGACUCCCGCAGAUGCAUCGCUGAGCAGAUUGAGGAAAGCAGCUUGCCCUAUUCUGCCCUUGCGCAGUCGGUGUUUGACAGGCUCACUUUGGGGGGGCACAGCACUACUCCUGCUGCAGUCAGGAGUAGCAUUCUGUCUCUGGCAGAAAGGGUGAAUUACGGGGCGCAGAAUGCAGAUGCAGAUGUGUUGGAAGAUGAUGCGGAGGACAGCUGCUGGAAGUGGGAGGUGAGGGACACGAAGCUUUUGCCUGAAGGGGUGCGAGAAGAGGCCUUGGACCGACGGAAAUGCAGGCGGAAAAUGUCGGAGAGACUGGCAUCUCUUGAUGGUUUGAUCGCUGUUCUGAAUGACGGGGCCUCGACGCCAGCCAACCGAAAAGCGGCGUUCAAUACUGUAGCUGCGUUGUUGAAGAAGCAGGAGGAUCGUGCAGCGAUAACCAGGCUUGCAGAGGACCUAGCUCGAAAACGGGAGGCCAAACAGCAAGCAAGGGAUGUAAAGAAUGCUGCAAAGGAUGCAGAGCGCGCCGCAAAGAUGCAAGAAAAGGAGCACCAGAAGGUGGAAAAGGACACAGAGAAGGAGAAGCAGCGGGCAGAGAAAGAAGCUGAAAGGCUAAAGUCGAAGGAGGAAAAGGAGCGGGAACGGGCUGAGAAAGAGGCAGAGAAGGAGCGGCUAAGGGCUGAGAAAGAGGCACAGCGCCAGGAGAAGGAAGCGGCUCGCGAGAAAGAAGAAGCCGAGAAGGAGCGGCAGCGAGCGGAGCGGGAGGCCCUGGAGCAGAAGAAGAAGGCUCAAAUGAAGAAGUCUGCCAGCUUCAUGGACAGAUUCGUCAUCAAAAAGCGGCCCAGCGAAGUAAAGCCGGAGAAGAAGUUAGACCUAGGGCCUGGCCCCAUUCCGAAAGCGGAGGGAGGAAAUGAGCGGAGUGCUGAAAAAGUAGGGGAGUCUGAAACUGUGAAAGCGAUGGACAAGGAGUUUGCGGAGAGCAUGAUUCGGUCACCAACCGAGUUGAAGAGGUUAUAUGUCAAGUCGUUCCAGGAGGCGCGCCCCGCCCUCAAGCGCCAGCCCCGCUCAUACUGGGGCCUCCGACGAACCCCCAAAAAAGCAGUCCAAAACGCGAUCCGGCUGGCGGGUGAUCCCUUCGCCGCCAUGCGGGAGCCGAGGUCUAAGACCCCUCCGCCCCCGUCAGCGAAGGGGAAGGAGAAGCCCGUGGUCGACGUCAGCGACGAUGAUGACGACAUGGAGGAGGAGGGUGACGUCACCCCGAGCGAGGAGAGGCCGGGGAAGGAAACCGGGGAGAAGCGGAGGGGGCGGUACAAGCUGCUGCAGCUGGGGGAGAUGGGCAAGACGUGCAACCGGCCGCCGUACUACGGCACGUGGUCAAGGAAGAGCAAUGCUGUCUCCGCACGCCGUCCUCUCGCGCUGGACGCCGAGAUGGAUUACGAAGUAGACAGCGACGAGGAGUGGGAGGAGGAGGAUCCGGGCGAGAGCUUGUCGUCCAGCGACAAGGAAGACAACGAGGAAGAGGACAAGCAAGGGUAUGGGAGCGAGGACGAGGAAGACGGGUUCGUGGUGCCGAGUGGGUACCUGUCGCAAGACGAGGGCAUCGACCUGGACAGCCCACCAACGGCUGCCCCCACCGCCGACGCGUCGCCAAUCGUCGACGAACACGUGGCGACCCUCCAGAAGCUCCAGCGCAAGCUGGAGAAGGCGACCAGGGUCGCCCUCCGCACCAGCAAGCCGCUCAUCGUCUCCGCCCUGCUGCCGCCCGUUUCCGGCGACCAUUUCCUGGGCGAUGGGGGCGUUCCGGUCGCCGGAAACGGACGUUUCAUCUACGAAGGCAACCAGGCGUUUCUACAGGCGAUGACGAUCCAGGUUCUGCGGUCUGACGUGUGCAUUGAGGUCCCCGCUGCGACGCCGACGGGAUUGGAGGAAGAACCGGUCGUUAGGGUGCCCGGGGGAGAGGAAAAGAAGGGCGUGGGCCGGCCCCGGAUGGUGCUGCCGGAGGAGAAAGUACCUGAGCUGAUCGAGUUCCUGUUGGGGUCGACCCACGGGAUGGCCCGGAACGUCGACGAGCUUUCGGCUAAGUUCCCGGGCGUCUCCAAGAAGCACCUGGAGCAGCGAAUCCGGGAGAUCGCGGAGUACGAAGGCGGGCGAUGGCAGGUGAAAGCCGUCGUGUUGGCGAAAUACAGCAUUGGUCUUCCGCAGACGACGCCUGCUGCUACAGCAGCGCCCCCUCCUGGACAAGAGGAGACGCCGAAGUCUCGCCCGACUCCCCGAGUGCAGCCAGUGCCCAUCACGAAGUUCUUCACCAAGGUCUCGAGCGGCUCCCAAAACAGCAAAGGGAGCCAGGACAACAGUAAAGGCGGGCAGAGCGAGAAGUCGCCCAUGGCAAUCGACAGGGAGCAGAAGGGUUCGCAAGAAGCGAAGAGUGUGAUGCAGGCUGGGGUUGGCCCUGAAUGAAGAGACAAGAGCUAGAUAAUCAUGGGCAGAAUUCUGAAUUGACUGUGUACUCGAUGUGCGUUGAUUGCAGAUCUCGGCGAAUGCAGCUCUAAAACACGCAGCUUAAUGGCAACAUGUCUUCUGCCGGAUGCUAUACCCUUCGGCUUUAUUGAGCACGACUUGCGG